AUGCUUCCCAUCCCACGUAGGACAAUCACAGUCGCUCGUCAUUCAUUCUUUACUUCAAUCCGACAUGCAUCCUCCCGUCCCACCGAUCUCCACCCCGACGAUUCCGGACGAUUAACCGGUUCUGCCAAACUCUUCGCCGAUGCAGAGAAAGAAGAACACCUAUCUUCUCACUCCUCUCGCGAUGAUCUGGUACAUACUCAAGGACCCAUUUGGACAGGGGAAGAAUCGCAAUAUGAUAAUGUACUUCGAAUGCUUGUGGACGCUCAUAAACCACUUCGAUCGGGAGGAGUGAAACCCACUUCUUCCGAUGAUAAGAUUCACAACUGGAUGAAGACUUUCGACCCUCAACCUCAACAAGAACAAAUGACCCCUCAUAGAACUACUAUCCCACCUCAUCUACACAGACCUUGGCAUUCCACGUACACAGGUUCUUCAUCCUCUCAAGAUCAAACACCUAAAGUCAAAUACGGUACUUUCCUUCAGAAAAGAGCUUCAGGCGAUUCUUUGGUUAAUGAUCUGGAAUUACGAUUGCCACAUGGGGCAGAUGGCAAGAAUAGGCAGAAAAUUAGAGAAGCGAGGAAAGCUGGAAAGAUGGUGAGAAGGUAUGAGAACGCCAGAGAGGGAGCUAUUGAUUAUAAGUUGGGUUUGGGCGAAGUAGUGACGGGUGUGAAUGUAGAUCAAGAUGGACAGUUUAGAGGGAAUAGACAAAUGAAAGGGAGUAGUGUUUUGGGAGCUGGGAAAGGUGGAUCGAGUGGUUUAAGAGCAUGGGCGGGGUUGGUAGAGGAUAGGAUACAACGUGCUAGGGAAUCGGGCUAUCUGAAGGUCACUACUGGACUCGGUAAGCCAAUAGCACGAGAUCCAGAAGCUGGUAAUCCACAUAUCGAAACGGGAGAGCUUCUCAUGAAUCGCAUCGUUAAACGACAAGGUGCUUUACCUCCAUGGAUAGAGCUACAAAACACUCUCGAUGCUGGGUUAUCAUCUUUUCGCUCUACCCUUCUUUCGACCUACACCACUCACUUAGUCCGAACCGUCAUGUCCACCAACUCACUCCACCCUCUACCCCCACUUCACUUAAUACCUGGUAACGACGAAGCUUGGGAAGCCCGCGAGAGAAAGUUUCAUCAAGAGAAUGUGAAACAGAUCAAUGAUCUAGUAAGACGUAUGAAUGCUCAAGCCCCGACCGUAGUACGCAGACCGUUGAUAGACCUAGAGGUAGAGCUGGAGAAAGUGCGUGGAGAGCAAUUGAGGCAAAGUGUCUGGGAAGAGAUCAAAAGGCGCGCUGAGGAUAUUUCCUUGCGUCAAGGAAGCUCUCCUUCUCAGAAAUCGGGGCCAGGGUUUCUGAUUGACCCGGACAGUAUAGCGAAGCUCAAGCAGGCCACGAGGAGAUCGUUAUGGACUAUAGCUAGACCAGUGGCUUCAGUCCUGAGUAAGGGGGUAUCCGGGUAUUCAGAGGGAGAAAAUCAAGGACACGGUCACAACAAUGGGGCUACCUCAGAUCAAGCAAAUUCACCAACAUCGAGCCCUGUGCGAUUUCUUAUCAUCACUGGGGUGGGUCUUGGCCUCUUGGUGUAUUUGCGUCAACCUGUGAAGAAUGAUUCUCUCUCUCCGGAAUACAUCCCGAUCCAUUCGACGUCCAUUUCAGCUUCACAGGAACCUGCGCAGAUCGUCGCCGCUUCUCCCGCCGAACCUCGCCUCACCCUCAUUCUCGCUUUUCAGAUUUACAUCUUCGAACCCAUCGCCACACUUGUUCGAUUUUUCCAUCUCGCGCUCCUCUUCGGUCCCGUCAUCCUCCUUUCUCCCAUGUUGGUGAAUUGGGGUGCACUGUGGUGGUAUAGCUUUUUGGUCAAACAGAUGGAACGCGCCGGACCGAGUUUCAUCAAGCUCGGUCAAUGGGCUGCAUCUCGUGCUGAUCUCUUCCCUUCUGCAUUGUGUGAUAGAUUGAGUAAAUUACAUUCAAACGGUGAUCCUCACUCUAUUCGACAUACUAGACGAGUUAUAGAACAUGCUUUUGGAUUACGAUUUGACGAUAUUUUCGAGACAUUCGAGGAUAAACCUAUUGGAUGCGGGGCGAUAGCCCAGGUAUAUCGAGCGACAUUGAAACCGAAAGUCCUCCCCGUAUCUGCUCGCAAAGAGGUCGAAGCUCAAAGAAGGGAUCCUGAAGGAGAGAAUGAUGACGAACAAUUAUCAACCUCAGUAGCUAUCAAAGUUCUUCAUCCCAGAGUACGUAAAUUGGUUCGAAGGGAUAUUGCCAUCAUGUCAGUUUUCGCCCGGAUCGUCAAUGCUCUUCCAGGGAUGCAGUGGAUUUCUUUGCCUGAAGAAGUGGCCGUUUUUGGGGAGAUGAUGAAUUCUCAAUUGGAUCUCAGAGUGGAGGCUGCGAAUUUGGAACGAUUCGAUGCCAACUUUCGAAAAAGAGGAAGGAUGGAAAUGCUUUUACUCGAUAAUUGGACUCAUGGUGAUUUACAUCCAGGUAACAUCAUGGUUCGAUUUUACAAACCUACAUCUACCGAUUAUCUUUCCCCACUAAUCGAUCGUUUUACCGGUUCUCAUCGAUCACCGUCUCCACCUCCUACAAUACCUCACAUUUCUAAAUCCUCUUCUGAAUUAAUUUCCCUACUCUCUUCUCAAACACAUGACCGAGAGUCCUGGCUCAAUCAUCUCACGGCAUUAGCAGACCAAGGUUAUUCUCCACAAUUAGUAUUCAUCGACGCGGGUUUAGUGACAUCUUUAAACGAUCGUAACAGAAAAGAUUUCUUAGAUUUAUUUCAAGCAGUAGCUGAAUUCGACGGAUACAGAGCAGGUAAAUUAAUGGUGGAACGUUGUCGAACACCAGAAUUAGUGAUCGAUGAAGAAACUUUCGCUUUGAAAAUACAACAUAUCAUUCUAUCUAUCAAAUCUAAAACUUUCAGUUUAUCUCGUAUUAAAAUAUCAGAUAUUUUAACUGAUGUUUUAAAAGCUAUUAGACAACAUCAUGUUAAAUUAGAAGGUGAUUUCGUUAAUACUGUCAUUAGUAUUUUAUUAUUGGAAGGUAUUGGAAGACAAUUAGAUCCUGAUAUGGAUUUAUUCAAAAGUGCUUUACCCAUACUCAGACAAUUAGGUAGACAAAUGGGUACUAGGGAUGUUAUCGCUUCUACACCAAAAGGGAAUAUCUGGGCAAUGAUCAAGUUAUGGGUUUGGAUAGAAGCUAGAGAAGUAGCUGGAAGUGUUUCGGCUUUUGAUGAAUGGAUCAAAGUGGGUCAAUGUUUUAUGUUUUGA